UUGGAUUACGCAAUAAUCAAGGCUGACCACCAAUUCCACCGACACCUCAUUGGCAAGAACGGAGCUAACAUGAACAGGAUGAAGGAUCUGUACAAGGUGUCUGUGCGCAUUCCCCCGGACAACGAGAAGAGCAACCCGAUCAGAAUGGAAGGAGACCCACAGGGGGUCCCACAGGCCAAGAAAGAGCUGCUGGAACUCGCUUCCCGUAUGGAAAACGAACGCACAGCGGACCUAAUCAUUGAGCAGAAAUUCCACCGGACCAUCAUUGGGCAGAAGGCUGAGCGGAUCUGGGAAAUCCAGGAGAAAUUCCCAGAGGUUAUCAUCAGCUUCCCAGACCCUGCACGCAAGAGUGACAUCGUCCAACUCAGAGGUCCCAAAAAUGAGGUGGAAAAGUGCACCGAGUACAUGCAAAAGAUGGUGGCAGACCUGGUUGAAAACAGCUUUUCUAUUUCUGUCCCCAUCUGCAAACAGUUCCACAAGAACAUCAUAGGGAAAGGAGGUGCCAACAUCAAGAAGAUCCGUAAAGAAAGCAACACCAAAACUGAUCUCCCAGCAAAGAACAACAACUCGGAGACAAUUGUUAUCACAGGCAAGAGAGCAAACUGUGAGGCUGCUUGCCACAGGAUUCUUGCCAUCCAGAAGGAGCUGGUUAGUGAAGCAACUGGCCUUUUGCGGUUGAGGGACUUGACAAUGUUGCUAGAAGACACAGAUACAGAUGUGGCUGUAAUGGGUGAGGGCAGGGUGGAGACAAAUAUGUCGGUCUGUUCUUGACUCGUAAACCAAAGUUUGUGACUGCUCCUGUCAGGAGUAGCCAGUCUCCAAGCCCUCUGCUCAGGCAUUUCUUCCAGAUCUAUAAAGCUCCUAGCAAGGUGGGAGUUAGAGGGUAAGCACAGUGGGUGCAGACACGUUUCUGCAGCUUGACUCAAGAGGCUGGUACUGUCCUCCCUUAG